CCCGCAAACGCUUGGCAGCGUUUAGUCUCGUACUGUGUCUGCUUCGAAACGGUUCGCUCCCUUGGUAGCGAGUGUACAAAACUACUACUAUACACUGCCUACUCUGUGACUUGUUCGUGUGCGUGUGUGUGUGUGUGUGUUUCUGCAAGAAGUGCCUACUUAGUUGUGAGAUUUUAUUAGAAAAAGAAGAACAAACUUUGCGCAGCCAAAAUGUCCACCGUGGACGCCCAGGUGCAGAGCCCGAUCGAGGGCGCCAAUCAAUCAGCCACCAUACUGCAGCUAGCAAUGGCUGCCCUUCGGCUGACGAAAGUCCCGGGGACCGAUAGUAACAACAACCUCCAGCAGCGACUGCGGCCCGUGAUUUCGCUCAGCGAGGUGGCUUAUCACGAUUGCUACGACGAUUGCUGGAUCGUGCUGUACGAUCGAGUGUACGAUAUUACGAAUUUCCUCCGAUUGCACCCCGGUGGACAUGAUGUGCUGGUGGAGAAUGCUGGACGUGAUGCUACGAUCGCUUUCCUCAACGCGGGCCACUCUGCAAUGGCGAUCAAGUCGCUGAAGCUGUACGAAAUUGGAGAACUGCCCCCGAACGAGUGCAUCUACCGAUGUGUGGGAAAGCUUACCCUUACGAACCUUCCCGAUUAGGACAUUUUCCCCUUGCAUUUCCUCCCUUAUGUUUCUCUCUAUCUCUUUACCUUCCCUCCCAUUUCCAUGAUCGCAAGCCCGAAACUGAAACGCUCGGUUUCAUGCUCUACUGAUUAUUUAUUUGCAUUAUUUCGUUCCUUCUCUAUCUCUCUGUCCCAUCUCUGUUUUACAUUAACAAUCGUGCGCGCGCGCGUCUUCUGAAGCAUGGUAGUAGAGCUUUAAAUUAAAAAAAAAACCUCCGAUGCGACAGUAUUUGAGUAAUGUUGAAGGGAAACGGAUUAGCUUAAGCACACUACAAGGCAAGCCAAGUUACAGCGAGCAGGAAGAUCUUGCAGCCUCCCAAGCCACGGUUGAUAGUACACUCUCCCUGGAACCUGAAACAAUCCCCAAAAUGGUUGGUGAUAGGAGCCUGUUUGAGUAGUUUCUUCCUGCCCGAACGAACGGCAUCGUUUAUCGCCUGCUCUACGACGUACCACUCCGCACAAGCUCGGGUUCCGGGUCGGCCGUAAGAUUGAGUAGGUCAGGCGAAACAAUUGAAUACCGUUGGCGGUUGUGUUCUUAUUAUAGCCUGCCCUAGCCAAGAAUUAAUUAGUGACGUUUCGAGCAUUGAUUAACGAGGGUAGCCCAAUUACGGACGUACACUGCAGAAUAAAUCAAUAAUUGUGCCACAUUCCAUCAAAUUGCGCAACGUUGCCAAUGACAUUAAUUUUAAUCUACCAAACCAACAAAACCAACGUCGGACGUCUGUUGAUAAUGAAUAAAAGAGGAUACUGUUAAUAUGUUUAGUAA